AUGUUAGCCACAAUCCCUUCAUCGUUUACAACUCACGGUGGGUGGCUUUCAGAGAAUGCUCUGAUCAGCAACCAGUGGACAGACGGCGGCAGUGGUGACGGAUUGGAGCCAUUUAUUCAGUUCUCGUCACCGCAGUCAUCUCAACAUGUUAAGCUAGAAGCCUGUUCUCCCCCAUCAGCCGGCGAUGGUGGUCAUCGUGGCGGUGGAUGUACUGGUAAUGUCAACCACGAUCUCACUGCCAUUGCUAAGAAACUUAAACACAAUGCUAGCGAGCGUGACCGUCGAAGGAAGAUCAACUCUCUCUAUUACUCUCUCCGUUGUUUGCUUCCUGCUACAAAUCCAAUGAAAAGAAUGAGUAAUCCAAGCACAAUAUCAAAGGCAUUGAAGUACAUUCCAGAGCUUCAACAGCAAGUGGAGGGGUUAAGGAGAAGGAAGCAAGGCCUUGUCACAAAGGUUAAUUCCACUACUCUUGAAGAAAAGCAAAAAAGGAAAAACAAUAAGGUACCAUGGAUGAGUUCAUUGUGUGCUUUGAAUUUGCUAAGUGAAACUGAAGCACUUCUUCAAAUAGCCUCAAAAGAAACCCUCAAACAACUUCCAUUUUCACAAAUUCUCCUCUCUCUAGAGGAGGAUGGGCUUCUUCUCUUGACUGCAUCUUCCUUUCAAUCUUUUGAUGGGAGGUUCUUCUUCACCUUGCUCCUUCAGGUGAACGCUAAUACUUCUUCAAGAGUGCUACAAGAGAUAUUGAAUAAAGAGCUCAAGAGAGAAAAAUGA